AUGGGUCCUCUCGACUACCAGCUGCUCCUGGCCGAGAUUCGCGCGAUGCGCAAGGAGUUGGAGUCUCAGUUCGACGGGCUCCGACAGUCCUUCAACAAGCCAGCCUCCACCGCCAUCGCUACCACGUCGUCGCCGCCGACGGUUCAGCUGUCCACACCGUACCACGACGACUCCAUCGCCUCCGACCAGAUCCGCGUCGAGGGCGGCCUCACCUCCAACGUCCCCGUCGCGUUACUCGACGUCGUCCACGAGCCCGCUCCCGUGCUUGACACCACCUCCACCGACGAGCACAACCCCGGCCCCGCGGCAAUCCAAGCCAUGCUCGAUGCCGCGGAGAGCCCUCACCGCCUAGCCGCCGCGCUCGACGACCUCGUCCGCCUCAGCCUCCUUCCAGAUGUGCUCCUCUGCGACAUCGUCUCUCGCCUUCCCAUCAAGGAUACCGCGCGCACGGCGGUGCUUUCCCGCCGCUGGAGGCCAAUCUGCGCCUCCCCAUCCGUGUCACUGGUAGAGAUGGAGGCGCAACCCUUCUUCCUCAUCGCGUGCACCAAGCAGGAGCGGCGCCCCAUCAUCCGCGCCGAGGGGAUGGGUGCCAGCGGCCGCGUCUUCGUCGGCGUGAACAUACAACGGCUCCACGAUGAUUUCGCGCCCGACGACCCCAGCCUUCUCCACUGCGUCUGCCUCGGCCCCGUCAUGUGUGUGCUCCGUGCCACCCCACUCGGUGGCUACGAUGGCUCCCUCGACGACGACCUGGAGUCCGGCAUCACCCACUUCGACACGCUGCUCGACCGAGCCGUCGGUCGUGAUGGCCAGGCACCCGCCGCGGCUGCCACGCUCCGCGCCGAUGCUGUGGGGGCUGCUGGCUGCGAGGAGGAGAUGCUCCACUGGGGUGACAACAACCAUGGGCUGGCCCCGAUGUUCUACAUGGCCGAGCUCGAGGUGGGUGAGCUCCGACAGAGAGUGCUUCAUCCCCUGGCGGAGCUCCAGGAGCCGUGGCCUGCUGUUACCCAGGUUGUUCCCGGCGAGCUCGCACAAACAUCGCCCUCAUGGUGUUUGACACUAGGUCACAACCACGCUGGGUGCGCCCCUGAGUCAGUGACCACUGCACCGGCUCCUUUGUCGAUCCUUGCUGCGGCGCCGGCGUUUCCUUCCAUACCUGAGCUAGUGGAAGCAGCAGAAGAGUUUACCUCUUUCAUCGACUCACGUUCCACCCUUGGGCCUGCUGUUGUGGUAUUCCAGGACGUUGUCAAGCAUAACCAACCAAGGUAUUUCACUGCUAAUCUCGCCCAAGCAUACUCAGUGGAUGGUGCUGCUGUUCCGCUCUGUUCUGCAACCAUUGCAACUCAUGCUGUUCAGAGGGUGUCUGAGGGAAUUCUGGCUCAUAAUCUAGUGCAGUUAAGGCAACCAUGGCCUCCACCUAUGGAGUUUGUGUGCUUGGGUAAUGGAGUUGAACCAUGCUUGUUGUUUGGAUUCACCCAAGGUGUCAUGGUGCCCAAGCCUCCAUGGCCACCUCCCCAAAGCAAAGGGAUAUGGUUUCAGUUAUCAGUGAGUUUUGUGCUUCACCGUGCAGUGCACCAGUGUAGGGUCACAUUCAUCCAUUGUAUGAAAUAUCAAGAGGGUUGGAAACAUUGGCUUGAGUUACUUCAAGGUGCAGUGCAAGAUGAACUCAAUUGCAGGGAGACAGUUCACUGGCUUCAAUCAUUUUGUGCUGCUAUAAUUCUCUUGCAUCUCAUCAAUGAUAGGAGAGCUAUGCUGCUACUUAGUGUUAGUCAAUGGGGCCUGAUUAUACUACAUGCAUCCAUGCUCAAAAGAGUAUCUCUGGUGGGAGGUGAACAUCUCGUGGUUACAGUAACAUCUAAUAUGCUACCACUAUUUCAGUGUUGUCCAAUUGCAGUAGCAAGGAUGCGUGCUGUUGAUGUGUCAGCAACUCGGAUGGAAACUGGAAUUCUUCAAAUUACAAUUGUGAGAUGUUAUUGUCAUUUGCUUGCUCUAGUUGAACUUAUGAAUGGGCAAACUGAUCCUACAGUCACAUAUUAUUAUAUGCACACUUGCUGGGACUGCAACUCACUCUCAAUCCUUGUAUAUGGCAAGUAUUUAGCAACUGCUUUGUUGGUUCAGGAUGGAAAUCAACAGUCAUGCUAUAGAAUUUACAGAGAUGCUCGCAGCUCAACGUUAGCACUGAGUCUUCAAAAACUGGGCAUCGAAAAGCUAACUAACGACAACGUGCAGCAGUGGGUGGCCUCAAAUAUGAAAAUCGGAACCUGGACUCAUAUUAUGCAGUUUACAGUUCACAAGGAGCCCCAGCUGCUUGGUUUCAGUAAUGGUAAGCCCUUGGUUGGUGGAGUUGAUGGUACAAUAUUUGCACGUCCUAUCAUUUGUUUCAGUUUAGAUGCAAUGGAAGUAGGAGACUAUCCUUAUGUUCUGCUAUUGAAGCACCCAUGGCCGCCACCUGUGCUUUUGCAUCUCCCUCUUGCUGGUGCUGGUCUGCAGAAGAUACAAUGGCCGUCCUUCUGCUGCUAUGGUGCUGCCAAGAAGUCCACAUUACUGCUAUUCCGGGGUUCGAAUCAUGGCCCCAACUCUAUUUCCAAGCUCGUGGAAGGUUCGAUAUGCUUGCUGCUAUGGUUUUCUGUACACUUAGAAUCUGAUGAACCUAUCGGCACCAGCUAUAUCAGCGGCUUGGGGGCAAGCCGCCUUUCAAGGAGAGGGGAAUGUCAGCGGCUCCUGCACGCGCUGCUGGUGUGCGCGGAGACUGAGCUGCAAGAGAACUCAAGCUUCCUCCUCGACGUCACCUUCGCCAACCUCCUACACACGUACUUCAUUGAGUCGAGCCGGUGGUCAGACACUUGUGUGGCCCUGUUCGGCAUGGGGGAGGAGUUGAUCAGCCUCACCGAACACUGCAGCCUGCUCCACCUCCGGCAAGAGCAUCCUUGUCUGCUGCUACAUGCCCAGCGGCAGCGUGGUGGCAGCGUUGUCUUUCCGGCCGAUCCAAACUCGUCGACGAACAGUGCUGCGACUUGA